GCCUCUCUCUCUCUCUCUCUGUGUGUGACUAUCAUAAAUAAAUAAAAAUUUUAAAAAAUUAAAAAAAAAUAAAAAAAAAACAAGAAGCAGCACUGUGGUAGUGCACCGCAUAUCGUUUGCAUGUUUUUAAUGUUCCUUAAUUUUUUCGAUCUAUUCAGAGCCAUUCAGGUUGUUUCCAGUUUGUUGUUACUUCAGCAGUGGUGCACUCAAUGAUGUCCUCCUAGGACAUAUUUUAGCAAGAGUUUUUUUUUUUUUUUUUUUUUUUGGUUUUGUUUUGUUUUAAAGAUUUUAUUUAUUCAUUCAUGAGAGACACACAGAGGCAGAGACACAGGCAGAGGGAAAAGCGGGCUCCAUGCAGGGAGCCUGAUGUGGGACUGGAUCCCAAGAUCCCAGGAUCACACCCUGGGCCACCCAAGCGUCCCAUCAAGAGUUUUUAAAGAAGGCAUCAGCCAAAAUAAUUUUUGUCUUACCUUAGCCACUUAUUGGCAAAUUGUUAAACAUGCCAAUCAUUAUUGUAACAGCUCCUAUAGAGUGUUUAAAGAACAAAUAAAACUAAAUAGAUUUUCUCUUCUGGAUCUUGUGUUUAUGAUGCUUGGCCAGACUAGUCUAAUAAACUAAUUCUAUUAAUGACUCCCUUCCAGCCAUUGUCUGUCCCUUUAGCUUCAGAAAAUCUCUCAGCCUCCCUUUCAGAAUGUCCUUUACUACCUAUUCCCCAAGAUGACUCUUCACUGCUACCAGUGUCACAUUUGAAGACGAGGGGCACUGAGGAUGAGAAAUCAACUGAAAAGUAUGAAAAUGUUGGAAAUGCAGAAUCUAUGUGGCCAAAAGUGGAAGGUCUUCACAAGGACAAUAUAUUGGAAUCUAAGGUUGGUGAAACUUGUGAUUGGAAUAGCAAGGCAGAGAAUCAACUGGAAAAUCCUGAGGGAAAAAGAAUGAAGGAAGACCAAAGUGGCAUGAGGGAAAAGAUUGGCAAAGCCAAGAACACAGCAAAUAUAAAGACAGAACAGGAAGACGAGGCAUCUGAGGAAAGCCUACAUCCAAGCUCAAAACAUGUUAUACACCAAACUGUCUCUAUAGAACAGAUAAGUAGUGAACAAGACAAAUGUAUGGAGAACAUUAAUGGAACCUCUCACCCUGGUCUACAGCAGAAAACCAGUAUUGUUAAGAAGUCACACAAAUGUGAUGAGUGUGGGAAAUCAUUUAAAUAUAAUUCCCGGCUUGUUCAACAUAAAAUUAUGCACACUGGGGAAAAACGCUACGAGUGUGAGGACUGUGGAGGGACUUUCCGGAGCAGCUCGAGCCUUCGAGUCCACAAACGGAUCCAUACUGGGGAGAAGCCGUAUAAGUGUGAAGAAUGUGGGAAAGCCUACAUGUCCUACUCCAGCCUUAUAAACCACAAAAGCACCCAUUCUGGGGAGAAGAACUGUAAAUGUGAUGAGUGUGGGAAAUCCUUCAAUUAUAGCUCUGUUUUGGACCAGCAUAAGAGGAUCCACACAGGAGAGAAGCCCUAUGAAUGUGGUGAGUGUGGGAAGGCCUUCAGGAACAGCUCUGGUCUCAGAGUCCACAAAAGGAUUCACACAGGGGAGAAGCCCUACGAAUGUGACAUCUGUGGGAAAACUUUCAGUAAUAGCUCUGGCCUUAGGGUGCACAAGAGGAUCCAUACAGGCGAGAAACCUUAUGAAUGCGAUGAAUGUGGGAAGGCCUUCAUUACUUGCAGAACACUUCUAAACCAUAAAAGCAUCCACUUUGGAGAUAAACCUUAUAAGUGUGAUGAGUGUGAGAAAUCGUUUAAUUAUAGCUCUCUCCUCACUCAGCAUAAAGUGAUCCACACUGGAGAGAAACCUUAUGAAUGUGAUGAAUGUGGGAAGGCCUUCAGGAACAGCUCAGGCCUUAUAGUACACAAAAGGAUCCACACAGGAGAGAAGCCUUACAAGUGUGAUGUAUGUGGCAAAGCAUUCAGCUAUAGCUCAGGCCUCGCAGUUCAUAAAAGCAUUCACCCUGGGAAGAAAGCUCAUGAAUGUAAGGAGUGUGGAAAAUCCUUCAGCUAUAACUCCCUUCUUCUUCAACAUAAAACCAUUCAUACUGGAGAGAGACCUUAUGUAUGUGAUUUGUGUGGGAAAACUUUCAGGAACAAUUCAGGCCUCAAAGUCCACAGGAGGCUCCAUACUGGGGAAAAACCAUAUAAGUGUGAUGUGUGUGGGAAAGCCUAUAUCUCACGCUCUAGCCUUAAAAACCACAAAGGGAUCCAUCUUGGGGAGAAGCCCUAUAAAUGUACCUAUUGUGAGAAAUCUUUCAAUUACAGCUCUGCCCUUGAACAACAUAAAAGGAUUCAUACAAGGGAGAAACCUUUUGGGUGUGAUGAGUGUGGAAAAGCCUUCAGAAAUAAUUCAGGCCUUAAAGUACAUAAACGGAUCCACACUGGGGAGAGACCUUACAAAUGUGAAGAAUGUGGGAAAGCCUACAUCUCACUCUCAAGCCUUAUAAAUCAUAAAAGUGUACACCCUGGGGAAAAGCCCUAUAAGUGUGAUGAGUGUGAAAAAGCCUUCAUCACUUAUCGAACCCUUAUAAACCACAAAAAAAUUCAUCUUGGGGAGAAGCCCUAUAAAUGUGAUGUAUGUGAGAAAUCUUUUAAUUACACCUCACUCCUUUCUCAACACAAAAGGGUCCACACUAGAGAGAAACCUUAUGAAUGCGACAGGUGUGAGAAGGUCUUCAGAAACAACUCAAGCCUUAAAGUGCAUAAAAGAAUCCAUACUGGGGAGAAGCCCUAUGAAUGUGAUGUGUGUGGAAAAGCCUACAUCUCACACUCAAGCCUUAUUAACCAUAAAAGUACCCAUCCUGGCAAGACACCCUACACCUGUGAUGAAUGUGGAAAAGCUUUUUUCUCAAGCAGAACUCUUAUAAGCCACAAAAGAGUCCAUCUUGGGGAGAAACCCUUCAAAUGUGUUGAGUGUGGGAAAUCUUUCAAUUACAGUUCACUUCUUUCUCAACACAAGAGGAUCCACACAGGGGAAAAACCUUACAUAUGUGAUAGAUGUGGAAAGGCAUUCAGGAACAGUUCAGGUCUCACAGUACAUAAAAGGAUUCACACAGGCGAGAAACCCUAUGAAUGUGAUGAGUGUGGGAAGGCCUACAUCUCACACUCAAGUCUUAUUAACCAUAAAAGCAUCCACCGUGGACAGCAGCCCUAUAAUUGUGAGUGUGGGAAAUCCUUCAAUUAUAGAUCAGUUCUUGACCAACACAAAAGGAUCCACACUGGAAAGAAGCCAUACCGGUGUAAUGAGUGUGGGAAGGCUUUUAAUAUCAGAUCAAAUCUCACCAAGCAUAAAAGAACCCAUACUGGAGAGGAAUCUUUAAAUGUGGGAAGUCACAGUGACACAUCACAGAACAGAACUCAUGAGGGAGGCAAUGCUCUGGUUGGGACCAAGAUGAGCAUAUCUGUACAAGGCAGAGCUUAUGAAGUCUCGACUCAAAUGGAAGAAAAACCUUAUGAGUGUAUGAAUAUCUGAGCUCUUUGUUCAUGGCUUGUAAUUUACAUAUGUAACUAUGAGUACUCUUUGGUGUGAACUUCAUCAUAGCCAGCAAGGAAGCCUCCAGUGUCAAGGUAGUUGAAUCUUUAUGAAACACAAAAUAGUUUAUACUGGGGUUAAAACCUAUGAAAGUGACAGAGUGAUUUAAAAACCUUCAAAAUAAGCAGACAUUUCUGGACGUAAAACACAUGGAUGAGGAAAGGACUUAGAAGUCAUAUAGUUACCAUCAGAAAAUUCAUAUUUGAGUAAAUUCUGUGAAUAGAAAUGGGGGAAAUUCAGGCAUAGCUUUGAAUCCUAAUUGUACAUUGGUUAGUGGAGAAAAUACAAGAAGGGCUUCCCAACAGGCAAAUUCAGGGAGAGAUAGGCUUCAGGGAAUAUAAAUUUAAUAGUAGUGAUCAUGGAGUAUAAAUUUGAUAUAAUUGAAUUAUUUGUGAGGGGUGAUGAUAAAAUUUGAAACAAUUGGAUUUUGUUGUAGGAAGAGUAAAAAGUAUAGACAUGAAUCUAGCAGGAAAUAGUCAUUUAAAAAACAUAAGUUGAUUGGACUAUGGUUGUAAUGUGAUACACUGGUUGAAUGGGCAAAACUUUUAAAAAAUUUCAAGUGAACCCCUUCAGUGAAUGAUGAAGUGUGAUGAGUGAAAACCCUACCUAUGCUACAAUUAUGAGGUUCUACAGAAAUUCAGCACAUUAAAUAACUAAUGGAACAUGUCUUCAAUGUGAAUUUGCACUUAUACAAAAAUAAUUGAUUCAGGGAUUCCUAUGAAUAGGAAUGCUGAGAAGGUCAUUUUACUAGAAGAGCUAGAAAGCUAAGUAGCUAUUGACAAUUGAGGGAUUGGAAGAAAUUCAUGCUCCUUAAUAAUCCUGUUAAAUGUUUGAUUGUUUUGGAAUGUGUUAUUGUAAAGAUUCCAUGUACUACAUGUGUGUAUUGUCUGUUAUAAAAUGUUAUGAAUACUUUGUUCAGGGCUCACUCUGUCUUGGCCAUGAAAAGGAAGAUAGUUGUGGUGAGGUAAGGUGCAACUCCAAUAAAAAAAAUUACUUAAAAGUAAA